AUGCGAUCCUUCGGGUGGGACACCGCUGACGCCUUCAUGCAACACGAUGCACAGGAGCUGAACAGACUCUUGUGUGAUCGCCUCGAAGAGCAAAUGAAAGGUACCCCGACAGAUGGGGAAAUCAAGAGGCUUUUCGAGGGUGAAUUCGAGAAUUACAUCGAAUGUGUUGAUGUUGACUAUCGUUCGCAACGCAAUGAGACGUUUUACGAUUUGCAGCUGAAUGUCAAAGAUGAAUCCGGCGCAGAGAUCACAUCUUUAGAGGACUCUCUGAAAGACUUUGUGCGCGAGGAGAUUCUGGAGGGCGACAAUGCCUAUGAUGCAGAAUCCCAUGGCAAGCAAAGAGCCCGAAAGGGCAUCCGCUUCAAGCGCUUCCCGCCGGUGCUGUACAUCCAGCUGAAACGCUUCAUGUUCGACAUAGAAAAGAUGGAUAUGAACAAGUUGAAUAGCAAAAUGGAGUUCCCACUGAUCCUGGAUUUGGAGGCCUUUUCCAAAGGGAGCGGCAAGUACAUGCUGCACACUGUCAUUGUUCACAGUGGAGGUGUCAGCAGUGGUCACUACUACACCUUCGUCCGUUUGCCACAAGAGGGUGAAGGCAAGUCUCAGUGGAUCAAGUUUGACGACGAGGUUGUCACGUUUUGCAGUGAGCAGGCUGCAGUUGAAGACAACUACGGCGGUGAGGAUCUGUCGAUUGUGAACUAUUUCGAGCAACCUCAAGCACUCCUAUGUGAGAAUUGGCCUUGCGGGCAGAGGAUCCACAACGCCUACAUGCUGUCGUAUGUGCGAAUAGACGAGAAGGAUCUGCUCACUCCACCUGUCCUCAGCUUGGAGGAUCCCAAGUACAAAGCUCUCAUCGAAAGAUGUACAAGGGAGGCCAAGCUGGCCGAAGAACGUCGUCGUGAAAGGGUUCAGCGAAUGAAUCGAAUAGAGGUGAGGCUCACUUUUGAGCGAGAUCUCAUGAAGAUGAAGGGCUUCUGGCCUGACGAUGUUCCUGGCAGUCAAACCAUGAAGAUUGACCGGGAAGAAAGCGGGGAGGUCUUGCUGCGGGAAGCAAUGGACAUGGAACCAUUGCGAGAGCAGCCUGUGUCAGAAGAGCAUGUCGCUCUGUUCGUGUUGACACACCGAAAGACGCGGCAAGUGCGCUACAAGCACAUGCCGCAGCAAGACCCUCUGAAGUGGCACAUGCAGGGAGGACACCCAAACCUUUCUGAACCUCAGAUGUCCAUAUUGGUGAUGGUUUCUCAGGGAUAUGACCCUCUUACGCUUGUCCCGGGGACUGAGCAAGAUGUAGUGUUUCAUGAUCUUGCUGAGUGGACGGAGGAGCUGAUAAUGCUGGUUGUCAAGUAUUUUUGCCCCGUGAAGCAGGUUAUUGUAACCUUGGGUUGCUACUAUGCGCAGCUAGCUGAUCCCUUGAAGGUGAUGCUUGAUGCAGAGGAUUCAUGGCUUUCACAGCGCCUGCAAAUUUUUGUACAGCAAGGGGAGGUGGCCGCCCCACCUGCCAACACAAUCUGGCAAUGCUGGGAGGAAUUCAAUAGGACACCCAAGGAAAUCAAGGCACGGGACAUUGAGAAGUCAAUGAAAGAGGAGGGCCUGUACUGUGGGGACGUGGUGAUUUGGCAACCGCAGACGACAGCAGGGCCACGACGUCCAGGUGCCAGCGAGGCGCCUGAGGACGGAGAUCCAAUGAUUUGCACAAAUGUGCGAGAUUACGCGGAAAGUUGCAUGAAUCACAUCUCAAUAAUCGUUCGCCAUAUGAGUGCAGAGGCACCUUUCAUGCCAGAUGGUAUUCACAGCCACAUGGAGAUUGGGCAGCCAAGCAUGCGCUCUUUAUUACAGCGCACGGAAGAGGAUUCACGUGAAUUGGCCAUGGAGGUUCCUGGGCAGGUCAAGUGCCUCGAGAUGACCGUCGAUGCCAGAUGGCGAACAGAUCAAUUGGGAAGCAGCGUGGCGAAGGCCCUUGGCGUGGAGGAGGUGCUAGCUGAAAAUUCUGGGAAGCGCCUUUGGCUCUUUGACGGUGGUGCUCCCAAUGCUUCCCGUUGCGCGCCUCUCUAUCAUAGCAAGGACUCGGAGCCUUUUGCCACCUUGCAGCAGAUGGGGUGGGGUCGGAACAUACCAAAGCGCAGUGUGUAUGUGGUCGUGUUGCCAGAUCCACCCGAGGGUCAGCACAACAUCGCAUUGCAUUUCUUUGACACUGACGGACGUGAGGCUGGUGCCACCCUCCUCUCUGUCACCGAGGAGGCUCUACUGGAGCAACCCCAGAACGGAGGCAAACAACUGAAAAGCAUCAUUGCGGUGGACCCAAAAAAGAUAUUGGCUCUGGCAAGGCAACACCUGGAGGACUCUGCUCAAGAAGUGAGGCAACGCAUGGGGCUCCGGGAAAAGGAGCCAUUGAGGUUGCUGGAGGCCUUUAACGGUCAGAUCACCAAAGUCUACCGGGAGAGGUCGAAUACAAGUCGAGGGGGCGAGUUGCUGCUAUGGUUGGCAAAGGCAGACGAUGCGACGCAGUCACCAACCUUUCUCUACAGUGCCUUGCGGGUAGAGCCAGAUCCUGCCGUGGAAAGUGAUCUUCCUGAGAACUUGACGCGUUGUCAAUUGGUGGAGGUGUUCACCAUGGAUCCCAAUCCCAUGGUGGGUGCCUAUGGACACCCGUUUUUGUUGCCGAUCAGAGAGGGACAGCAGGGGAAAGAGAUCAUGGCCGCGCUGCAGGAGAAGCUGCGAUGUACAGCCAAGGAUCUACGUGAUUACGGGUGCCGAAUCCUGGUGGGAAAAGGUGAGCUCGCCGAAAAUACCAUCAGGCAGUGGAAAGAUCUGACUGAUGACUUCACUUGGCAGCUGUCCUCUGAUGCCAGGCCGGAGGAUGUCCAUGUACCUCUGGAUUGGCAUGCUGAGAACCUGGCCCUCGCCAUUGAGAGGCACCAUCCAGUCUACAUGGGCCGGCAACUAGUUCGACCGGGUCAUAGACCUUUGACCAUCAAGGCAGGCUGA